ACAACAAACAAAUGUCUAUUUAAUUUAAUAGGCUAUCUAGCCUGCUUAGAAUUAAUAUAGAUAAAACUGCUACCUAACCUACCUACUGAUCUGACAUGAAUGUUGAAAAAUGUUACGGUCUUACAAAUACUACAAAUUAAAUCAGGAAAUUACGGGGUUUUAGUUUCAUCGCAAAUUUUUACGAGAACCCGCAUCAUUUAAUAUGUAUAAUUUGGGUCGGUUUUUUGUUUUAUUGAUUAGUGUUAUAUUAGCUCACAGUGAUGAUUUCAAAGAAGAAAUUCUUAUAAAGCCAUUGCCACCAACUCAUCUGUAUACAUAUUUCCAAUUUAUAACAUCAAUUAAUAAUCAGUCCUCAUUUCAACAUUCCCAUUUAUCCUCUAGGUCUCUUGGUGAAGUAAUAACACGUUUUCAAGUUGAAGAAUUACAUCUAACACUGACAGAAGGGCAAUGGAGACACCAACAGUGGGGUUAUCCAGUGUUAGAUGCGGCACCCGGUGCUGAACUAUAUGCUUGGUUUGAACCAGAUGUUACAGAUGUUGAUGAGCAAUGGAGAAAAUUAAGUGCUACUUUAUCAGGAAUAUUUUGUGCUUCCCUAAAUUUUAUUGACAAUUUCAAUACAGUAAUGCCCCAAAUGGCAUUAUGGCCUACUGGUGCAGUGAAAACAGCACAAAAUGUGACAUCACAUCUUAGAUAUUCAUCUCUACCUAGGGAAAUAGUUUGCACUGAAAAUUUAACACCUUGGAAGAAAUUGUUGCCAUGUGAAUCUAGCAAAGGAUUUUCAUCUCUUUUGAACUCUAGAUUGAUACAUAACACCAAUUACCAUUCAAUUGGAGUUCAUAUUCGAAAAAUCUGCAGCAAUGAGGAUUGUACUGCAACAUAUCUUGAGAUCAAGCAGACAGUGGCACUGGUGUAUGAUUCUAAGAUUGUGAAUAGUAUAGAUUGGUCUUUUCGUAAAUUAUUUGGCCAGGGUCUACCUGGUGCCUGCCCUCUUUCAUCUGCUAGCAUGGUUUAUGUUGAUGUUACUAUAAAUGACACCCAACCUUUUACACUGACACCACCACCUGAUAAAAUUGCCAUCUCCCAAAGAGGAGGAAGUGUUUCAAAGUUUGCAAUUUAUAAUAUAGAAGCUAAUGACCAAAUGAUCAAUAUUGGAGCUAAAUAUCAUCCUAUCAAGAGGUUGCUGGUCCUUUUACCACCCCCAUUACACUUCAAUCGUUAUAUUUUGGGAUAUGGUAAAGAGUUUGGAGGGAUUGUUACAGAAUUAGUCAACAAUUAUUGGACUGCUAUUGAUGUUGUGUUGUUAGAAAAUGCUCCAUGGUGGUUGCCAAUACAACUAAGUUCAUUGAGGGUGAAUGGUGAAGCUGAGAGCAAGUUAAUCUUGUCACAAUAUUAUUCACCUGGACGCAGUCGCCAAAAACCAUAUCAUUUAGAGUUAAUGUUGAGGUUGCCUCCGAGAUCAACUACAACAAUAACUAUAGAUUUUGAGUUUGUUUUUCUAAAAUGGCAAGAAUAUCCACCUGAUGCUAAUCAUGGAUUCUACAUUGGCUCAGCAGUAAUAACAGCCAAUCUGCCUACUGCCAAGAACUAUACAGGUCUUCCUGUAACAGGCACCACGUUUGAUUCAACAUUUAAUGCUUCAAAGCCAUGGUACCCAGCAAUCUUAAGAACAAAUGGAGGUAUGGUUUCUUUGCCAACACCAGACUUCAGUAUGCCAUAUAAUGUCAUUUGUCUCGCAUGUACUGUGGUGGCACUGGCGUUUGGACCAUUGCAUAAUAUUUGUACCAAAGAAUUAAUUCUUAAGCCCAUAGGUUUACCUUUAUCAUUAAAACAAAAAUUAAUGAAUUUGCUUAAGCGAAAAAAAGAUUAAUAUGCCUGUAAAAUUAUUAAUAAACUGUGUUCAAAAUUA